UAGUCUUACAAGUGCACACUUAGAAAUUACUGUACUUAGGGUGGUUCUAACGUCUUUUCAUAAAAGGAGAACGAAGCAUAGAGUCGACCAUGAAGGAAACCAGUCUCCCGGGGCAUGGAGCUGGAGAACUCUGAGCCUCCUGUGAUCCUGAGGGAGGACAACCUCCGCCGGCGUCGGAGGAUGAAGCCGCGCAGCGCGGCCUCCAGCCUGUCCUCCACAGAGCUCGUACCCAUUGAGUUCGUGCUGCCCACCAGCCAGCGCCACAGCAAGACCCCUGAAACCGUGCUGCUGCACGUGGCGGGCCACGGCAACGUGGAGCAGAUGAAAGCCCAGGUGUGGUUUCGCGCGCUGGAGACCAGCGCAGCAGCCGACUUCUACCACCGCCUGGGCCCGGACCACUUCCUCCUGCUGUACCAGAAGAAGGGCCAGUGGUAUGAGAUCUACGAUAAGUACCAGGUGGUGCAGACCUUGGACUGCCUGCAAUAUUGGAAGGUGCUGCACCAGAGCCCCGGGCAGAUCCACCUGGUGCAGCGGCACGCCCCCUCGGAGGAGACGCUGGCCUUCCAGCGGCAGCUCACGGCGCUCAUUGGCUACGACGUCACGGACGUCAGCAACGUGCACGACGACGAGCUGGAGUCCGCGCGCCGCCGGCUGGUGACGCCGCGCAUGGCCGAGGUGGCCAGCCGCGACGCCAGGCUCUACUCUAUGCACCCCUGGGUGACAUCCAAGCCCCUCCCGGAGUACCUGUCCAAGAAGAUCACCAACAACUGUAUCUUCAUCGUCAUCCACCGCAGCACUACCAGCCAGACCAUCAAGGUCUCGGCUGACGACACCCCCGCCAGCAUCCUCCAGAGCUUCUUCGCCAAGAUGGCCAGGAAGAAGUCGCUAAUGGACAUCCCCGAGAGCCAGAGCGAGCAGGACUUCGUGCUGCGCGUCUGCGGCCGGGAUGAAUACCUGGUGGGGGACACCCCCAUCAAAAACUUCCAGUGGUUGAGGCACUGCCUCAAAAAUGGAGAAGAGAUCCACCUGGUGCUGGACACGCCCCCGGACCCAGCCUUGGACGAGGUAAGGAAAGAGGAGUGGCCCCUCGUGGAUGACUGCACGGGUGUCACCGGCUACCAUGAGCAGCUGACCAUCCACGGCAAGGACCACGAGAGCGUGUUCACCGUGUCCUUGUGGGACUGUGACCGGAACUUCAGGGUCAAGAUCAGAGGCAUCGACAUCCCCGUCCUGCCCCGGAACGCGGACCUCACAGUUUUUGUGGAAGCCAACAUCCAGCAUGGGCAGCAGGUCCUUUGCCAACGGCGAACCAGUGCCAAACCCUUCACAGAGGAGGUGCUCUGGAACGUGUGGCUUGAGUUCAGCAUCAAAAUCAAGGACUUGCCCAAGGGGGCUCUGCUGAACCUCGAGAUCUACUGCGGCAAAGCUCCGGGGCAGUCGGGCAAGUCCCCUGCAGAAACCCCCGGCUCCGAAUCCAGGGGCAAAGCUCAGCUUCUCUACUACGUGAACCUGCUGCUGAUAGACCACCGCUUCCUCCUGCGACACGGGGAGUACGUGCUGCACAUGUGGCAGAUACCCGGGAAGGGAGAAGACCAAGGGAGCUUCAAUGCGGACAAGCUCACCUCCGCAACUAACCCAGACAAGGAGAACUCAAUGUCCAUCUCCAUCCUUCUGGACAAUUACUGUCACCCAAUAGCACUCCCUAAGCAUCAGCCCACCCCUGACCCUGAAGGGGACCGAGUGCGAGCCGAAAUGCCCAACCAGCUUCGAAAGCAACUGGAAGAGAUCAUAGCUACUGAUCCACUCAAUCCUCUCACAGCAGAGGACAAAGAACUGCUCUGGCACUUUAGAUAUGAAAGCCUGAAGCACCCAAAAGCAUAUCCUAAGCUGUUCAGCUCAGUGAAGUGGGGAGAGCAAGAAACAGUGGCCAAAACAUACCAACUGUUAGCCAGGAGGGAGAUCUGGGAUCAGAGUGCUUUGGAUGUUGGGUUAACGAUGCAACUUCUGGACUGCAACUUUUCAGAUGAAAACGUCAGAGCCAUUGCAGUUCAGAAGCUGGAGAGCUUGGAGGACGAUGAUGUUUUGCAUUACCUUCUGCAGCUGGUGCAGGCUGUGAAAUUUGAACCCUACCAUGACAGUGCCCUGGCCAGGUUUCUGCUGAAGCGCGGCUUAAGAAACAAAAGAAUCGGUCACUUCUUGUUUUGGUUCUUGAGAAGUGAGAUAGCACAGUCCAGACACUAUCAGCAGAGGUUUGCCGUCAUCCUGGAAGCCUAUCUGAGGGGCUGUGGCACCGCCAUGCUGCAGGACUUGGCCCAGCAGGUCCACGUCAUUGAGAUGCUGCAAAGGGUCACCAUUGACAUCAAAUCCCUCUCUGCUGAGAAGUACGACGUCAGUGCCCAGGUUAUUUCACAGCUUAAGCAAAAGCUUGAAAACCUACAGAAUUCGAAUCUCCCAAAGAGCUUUAGAGUUCCAUAUGAUCCUGGACUGAAAGCAGGAACUCUGGUGAUUGAGAAGUGUAAAGUGAUGGCCUCUAAGAAGAAGCCCCUGUGGCUGGAAUUUAAAUGUGCUGACCCCACCGCUCUAUCCAAUGAGACAAUUGGAAUUAUCUUUAAACACGGAGAUGAUCUGCGCCAAGACAUGCUUAUCUUACAGAUUCUACGAAUCAUGGAGUCCAUUUGGGAGACUGAAUCUUUGGAUUUGUGCCUCCUGCCAUAUGGUUGCAUUUCAACUGGGGACAAAAUAGGAAUGAUAGAGAUCGUGAAAGACGCCACCACCAUUGCCAAAAUUCAGCAAAGCACCGUGGGCAACACCGGCGCAUUCAAAGAUGAAGUCCUGAAUCACUGGCUCAAAGAAAAAUGCCCGAUUGAAGAAAAGUUUCAGGCAGCAGUGGAGAGAUUUGUUUACUCCUGUGCAGGCUACUGUGUGGCAACCUUUGUUCUUGGAAUAGGCGACAGGCACAACGACAAUAUUAUGAUCUCAGAGACAGGUAACCUAUUCCAUAUUGACUUUGGGCACAUUCUUGGGAAUUACAAAAGUUUCCUGGGCAUUAAUAAAGAGAGAGUGCCAUUUGUGCUGACCCCAGACUUCUUGUUUGUGAUGGGAACUUCCGGGAAGAAAACGAGUCUGCACUUCCAGAAAUUUCAGGAUGUCUGUGUGAAGGCUUAUCUGGCCCUCCGCCAUCACACAAACCUCCUGAUCAUCCUGUUCUCCAUGAUGCUGAUGACAGGAAUGCCCCAGUUAACAAGUAAAGAAGAUAUCGAAUAUAUCCGGGAUGCCCUGACAGUUGGGAAAAGCGAGGAGGAUUCCAAGAAGUAUUUCCUGGAUCAGAUUGAAGUUUGUAGAGACAAAGGAUGGACAGUGCAGUUCAAUUGGUUCCUACAUCUUGUUCUUGGCAUCAAACAAGGAGAGAAACACUCAGCCUAAUACUUUGGACUAGAGUGAAAACAGUAUUCUACUGCUUUUCGAUCAGCAUGCCAGGCACCCAAGUUGGAAUUAAAAUGCAACAGGAAAAAGUGGAAGCUGGCACUUAGGAAAUAUAGCUCUUUCCCUAUGUGAACUCUUCAGUGGAGAAAAGAAAAAGUUGGCAUUGCUGGCUGUUUAGUGAACAUCAAGACUGGGUCUACUUGCAAGUCUGUUUCUUCUCAUUUACUUCAGUGAUGUUGGAGAAUAUUCUAAAUUUAAACACACUGAUAACUUUAUUUUUGCACUUGAUCUUAGCCAAAAGGCCAAGAAGUGAUAAUGAUAACUUUCUUUUUGUGCCUGACCCUUUGACCAUCUUAUUAUUGAGUGCUGUAGAAGUUCUUUAGAAUAAUUAAUGACACUUGUUUUCAUCUGGGUUCACUCUCAGUUUUGGUUAUCUUUGCGUUCUUUAGGCUUGUCUUAGUUACUUUUCUCUCGUUGGUGAGACAAAAUACCUGACACCCAAAGUUAAAGAGGAAAAGCUUUAUUUAGCUCACAGAUUGUAGAGGUUUCAGUCCAUAAUCAGCUGGCUCCAAGGCAGGGUGGCAUCUCAGAAGAGAAAUAGUUCAUGGCGGGCAGAAGGUAGCAAAGCAACAAGGGUCAAACACAGCCCUUUCUAUCUCUUAUACCUUAUCCAGACUACUUAGAAAAGGCAGGACUCACACCCUUAAUCCUAGGGCCCUUCAUCCUAGCAUUGCACCAUGAAUCAAUUCUAGUGUCACACACUCUAGAUCCAGCCACCUCUGAAAAAGCCCACGACUGCAUAAGGCUUUGGAGACACUCUAGACACAAGCUGUAACAAAGCUCUUUACAGAAAAAAAAACCAAAGAUGUAAUCAUUGUAACUUUUGUCUCUUUCCUUAAAUGAUGCUUCCAAACACCUCACUCCCACCCUGCGUUUGCAGGUAUACCAAAGCUGAGAACCCAAGUUAGUCUUUUCAGUGUGUUCUGGAAUUAGCCUUUUACAUACACACUGAGGAAAAUUGGAAUCUUACAUCUCUCUGUCCCGGCUCCAGGGUUACAAAUAUACAACAAAGAGAUGAGGCCUUUUAUCUCAGCUCUUCCCAGAGAGCGAAUUAUCUAGUAUAAUUCCUGUAGCCCUCUCCCCCAUCCCCACCCCUUAUAGGAACAGGAAGUAGCUAAGGGGCUCUUCUAUGCCUGCACAUUUUCUCUCUCUCCUUCUCCCCACCUUUCUUCUUCCCCAGUUGCCCUUCUCCCACAACCCUGUAUGGACUUGGGGAAUCUUCAGGGACAUCUUUAUCCUAGAACUCAAAAAAUUAGUUGAAAUUCUCUACUCUAGGAUUAAUAGAAUUGUAGGUGCAUAGUUAUGAAGACAUUUAAGGAAUUUUUUAAAGUGUGUUAUUAAAGGGACAGUCUAGAAAAUAUGAAUUAGUUUCCAAAUGCUUUAAUUUGAAAUUUUUGAUCUAAACAGUUCUGUCUUUUUUAAUGGAAAACGCUGUUAUAUAAAAAGUAUCCCCAGUUUGGAAGAACACUACAUGCCCUGUCCAUGUCUUAGUUCAAAGGGCUUUUAAACUUUGACACAUUCCAGAUUUCCUAAAAAUAAUUGUAAGAUCUUUCUUUCAAAAAUAUCUUCAUCUCAGGCCAGGGAUUUAGCUCAGUGACUCUGCAACCUGCCUUGCAAGCACAAGGUCCCGAGUUUGAUCCCCAGUACCAAAAAUAAAUAGAUAAAUAUCUUCAUCUCUUAAACAUCUUCUCACUUAAUGGAAGUGUUGAGCAACCUUAGAGAGAUCAUUAAACUAUCUGAUAUCUUUACCUACUGGUAAGAAAUUACAUAGAAGUGACUAUGUUCAUGGUGUCUACAUUUAAGUAUAGUCAGACAUAAAUUUUCAAGUUAGAUGCCUGCUGGUCUGCUGAUGUAGCCCAAGCCUUUCUUUUGGUGUAUGCAAAAGCCAAGUGGAUUUAACCCUGUCUAGAACCAAUAAGAAUUACCAGGGACAGUUUUUAAAAAUACCCUUGCCUGAACUCCACGAAGAGAUUGUAACUUAGUUCAUGGGAGAUACACCAGUAUUUCUCUAAGUACUCCAAGUGACUCUAAUACACAGCUGGGGGAAGAAACCCUUCGUGGCCUUGGAAGGUGUAGCCAGGCAGCUCUCCCUCCACAGAGAAUUAUUCUUCCUGGGCAACUCCUCCCUUUAAAAUCUUGCUCUACCCUCUGUACAGAGGACUGACUAUGCCGUGUAGUGAAAUUUUAUUUCUUUCUAUAAAUAGAGCUUAGACAUUUUAUGACAUUUCUAGUCUAUAAUUUCCUACCAUUCUUUUGAAGAAAAACAGGAAGAAUUAUGCUAAUUCAGAAGAGGAUACUUUUUUUUUUAAACUGUGUGACUUUUUUUUUUAGUACAUUCAGUUUGGGGGGGUUGAUACAUAUUGCAUUUCUUUACUCCUCUGUUCUCCUCUACCUUCCCCCCCAGAUCCCUUUGCUGUCUCUACCGGGACAACCCCCCAUUUCUUAAGAUGGCUGUUUAUUUUGCUCUUUAAAUUGUUUAUAUUUUGGGUCUCUCAGAUAACAUAUGAUAUUUAACUUUUUCUGACUGAUUUAUUUUACUUAGCAUUACAGUCUCAAGAUCCAUCUAUUUUCCUAUAAAUGGUUCAGAAUUAUCUUUCUUUGUGGCUGAAUAGUACUCCAUUGUGUACCUAUACCACAUUUUCUUUAUCCAUGCAUCUGCUGAUGAGCAUAUAGGCCACUACCAUGAUUUAGCUAUUGUGAGCUGUGCUGCUAACACGUGGAUAUGUAUGUAUCACUGUUGUAGGAUGAUUAGCUCAAAGAGGAUGCUUUAAAGAAUAGCCAAGCCAAGCACUCAGGUGCAUACCUGUAAUUCCAGCACUCUGGGAGGCUGAGGCAAGAGGAUAGCAGAUUCCAGCCCAACCUGGGGAACUUAGGAAGACCCUGUCUCAAAAUAAAAAUAUUUUUAAUUUAAAAGGUUGAGGAUGUAGCUCACUGUGAAAGCCCUGAGUUCAAUACCCAAUCCCCCAAAAAAACAACUUCCCAAAAGAACAGCUAAUCUCAGAUCUUUCACAGAUUCUGCUUUUCAUUUGAAUUGCUGAAGUAAUCAUCUUGAUGAUAAAAGAAUUACAAAGGAAUGUAUUUAUAUUUAGCUUAUUGGUAUAUAUGCAUACAUAUUUGUUCUUCAAAUGAACUAAUUCUUUCAUGAAGCUGAAAUAUGUGGAGAGAGGCAGAAAUAUGAUCUCACAUUGAGCUUUAUUCUUCUAUAUUCCAAUGAGAAUGUAAUUUUAACUUACAGAUAAACAAAAAAUCACCUUGUGUAUUCCUUCCUUUACUAUUCCCAAUAAAUUUUAUGACCAACACUUUUUAUAUUUUUGGAAGUGUUUUAGAACUAAGGUUGUUCUGCUGCUAGGGACUUCCCACAACUGUUUUCAGUGCCAAAUGAAAACACAGAUCACAAGUCAAAUGAAUCAGGGCAAAGCAACUUUUAUGUGUACCCAGGACCAGCUACAUAAUUUACUGAGUUCAGUGAAAGAUGAAAAUGGGAGCCCAUUGUUCAAAAAUGAUUAAGAAACUUGAUCUGGUGACAGCAGGGCAUUAAAAUUGAAUCCAGAGCCCAUUUCAGUGUGGGGCCCACAGUGUGGGUGACUAUGCAGGUUGCAUGCAGCCGGUGCUGUCUGUGUCUGAACAAUGGCUUCCGUGCCCAGUUUUGCACCCAGAAGCCAUGUCUGCAUGAGCGCAGAUAAAGUCCCCGGAUCAGAAUGUUACUUCAGGUGGAAUUGAAGUACCUCAUCUCUAUGACCGUACACUAGGGCCUACAACAUUGCUCUUGGAGUUGAACUAUAGGCAGUGAAAGGAAAGAAAGAUGUUUUAGACCUUGUCCCAUAGGACUGCAUUUGUCUAGCUUUAGUGACACUUGGAAAAAAGGAAGAGAAUACUGUAGAUAAAAUAUGUCAACCAAAGAAAACUCUUGAUUUCUAAAAAAAAAAAACUGUGAUAAAUAUAUCUUUUUCAGAAAAUGAUUUUUUUUAAAAAAUGUUAGAUACAGGAACUGUAUAACCUGAUUUGGAAGCUGUUGGUUCUGUAAUAAUGAAAAUGAUUUUUUUUUUUUUUGAAA